ACCACAUCCCCCUCUCUAUCUCUGCCUCCCUCUUCAUCUCUUCUCUCUCUGUUCGCGUUUCGUUCUCUCCGAUUCUCAUUUUUCAUUUCAUUUUUCGUUUUUCUUUUCAAUUUAUCGAACACGGAAAAGCAAUGAAGCACACUUCCUCCGAGGCACUCCCUUCUCUCCCCUCCGCACCUCCUUCCUCCGACCAAUCACAACCUGCCACGUCAUCAUCAUCCUCCGCUUCCUCAUCGGACAAACCCUCGCCUUCAUCCUCCUCCGCCGCCGCUGCGGAGGACCUCGCCGUAACCACCCGUGACGGAGGCGGCGGGGCCGCCGCACAGGAGACCGUCGUUGUCGAUCGCCGUGGCGAGCACGCCGCAGUGUGCCGAUGGACGGUGCAAAAUUUCCCGCGCGUGAAGGCACGCGCCCUUUGGAGCAAGUACUUCGAGGUAGGAGGAUACGAUUGCCGGUUAUUGGUGUACCCUAAGGGCGAUUCGCAAGCUCUUCCAGGUUACAUCUCAAUCUAUCUUCAAAUCAUGGACCCUCGCGGCACCUCUUCUUCCAAAUGGGACUGUUUCGCCAGUUACCGUCUCGCAAUCGUUAACCUCGCCGACGAUUCCAAAACCAUACACCGCGAUUCUUGGCAUCGAUUCUCCAGCAAGAAGAAAUCUCACGGUUGGUGCGAUUUCACGCCUUCUUCAACCGUCUUCGAUCCCAAACUAGGUUACCUAAACGCCGCCAAUGACGGCGUUUUGAUCACGGCCGACAUACUCAUCCUCAACGAGUCCGUUAACUUCACGCGCGAUAACAACGAGGUCCAGUCUUCGUCCUCGUUGUCGUCCGGUUCGGCCGCAAGCUCUUCCGUCGUUGCUGGGCCGGUUUCGGAUGUUCUGAGUGGAAAGUUCACUUGGAAGGUUCACAAUUUUAGUUUGUUUAAGGAGAUGAUUAAGACGCAGAAGAUAAUGAGCCCUGUUUUCCCUGCUGGGGAGUGUAAUUUGAGGAUUAGUGUGUAUCAGAGUUCGGUGAAUGGUGUUGAGUAUUUGUCAAUGUGUUUGGAGAGUAAGGACACUGAUAAGACUGUGAUGUUGUCUGAUAAGAGUUGCUGGUGUUUGUUUAGGAUGUCUGUGUUGAACCAGAAGCCCGGUUUGAAUCAUAUGCAUAGGGAUUCGUAUGGGAGGUUCGCUGCGGAUAAUAAGAGUGGCGAUAACACGAGUUUGGGGUGGAAUGAUUAUAUGAAAAUGUCAGAUUUCAUAGGGACUGAUUCAGGGUUCUUGGUUGAUGAUACUGCAGUGUUUAGCACAUCGUUUCAUGUGAUUAAGGAGUUUAGUAGCUUCUCCAAGAAUGGGGCUAUGAUUGCUGGGAGGAGCGUGGGUGGGGCGAGGAAGUCCGAUGGCCAUAUUGGCAAGUUCACUUGGAGGAUUGAAAAUUUUACCAGAUUGAAGGAUUUGCUGAAGAAGAGGAAGAUUACUGGCCUUUGCAUCAAGAGCAGGAGGUUUCAGAUUGGUAACCGGGAUUGUCGUCUUAUUGUUUAUCCCAGAGGGCAGUCCCAGCCACCAUGCCACCUUUCAGUGUUUCUUGAAGUUACAGAUUCUAGGAAUACUUCCAGUGAUUGGAGUUGUUUUGUUAGUCAUCGUUUGUCAGUUGUGAACCAGAGGAUGGAGGAUAAGUCUGUCACCAAGGAAUCUCAGAACCGCUACUCCAAAGCUGCAAAGGAUUGGGGCUGGCGUGAAUUUGUGACACUUACAAGUCUCUUUGAUCAAGAUUCUGGUUUUCUUGUCCAGGACACUGUUAUAUUCUCGGCUGAAGUUCUUAUAUUGAAAGAGACAUCAAUAAUGCAAGAUUUUACCGAUAAUGAUUCUGAAUUGAGCAAUGGUGGUUCCCUUGUUGAUAGUUUUGGGAAAAGAAGUUCGUUUACAUGGAAAGUGGAGAAUUUCCUGUCUUUUAAGGAAAUCAUGGAGACUCGGAAAAUCUUCAGUAAAUUCUUUCAGGCUGGUGGAUGUGAACUUCGGAUCGGUGUCUACGAGUCCUUUGAUACAAUAUGUAUUUAUUUAGAGAGUGACCAGGCUGUCGGUAGCGAUCCUGAUAAAAACUUCUGGGUCAGAUACAGGAUGGCUGUUGUGAAUCAGAAAAAUCCGGCCAAGACAGUGUGGAAAGAAUCCUCUAUCUGCACAAAGACGUGGAAUAAUUCCGUUUUACAAUUCAUGAAGGUCUCAGAUAUGCUAGAAGCAGAUGCAGGGUUUCUUGUCCGUGACACCGUUGUUUUUGUAUGCGAAAUAUUGGACUGCUGCCCUUGGUUUGAUUUUGCUGAUCUAGAGGUGUUGGCAUCAGAGGAUGAUCAGGAUGCAUUGACAACUGAUCCUGAUGAGCUCAUUGACUCUGAAGACAGUGAAGGGAUAAGUGGAGAUGAGGAAGAUAUUUUCAGAAAUCUUCUUUCCCGAGCUGGAUUCCAUCUGUCAUAUGGAGAUAAUCCUUCACAGCCACAGGUUACUUUACGAGAGAAACUUUUAAUGGAUGCUGGUGCAAUUGCUGGGUUUCUGACUGGACUUCGGGUUUAUCUUGAUGAUCCUGCUAAAGUAAAGCGCUUGCUUCUUCCUACCAAGCUCUCUGGUAACUGUGAUGGGAAUAAGACCAGCAAGGCUGAUGAGUCUUCACCUAGUUUGAUGAAUUUGCUGAUGGGAGUUAAAGUAUUGCAGCAAGCAAUCAUUGAUUUACUACUGGAUAUAAUGGUUGAAUGCUGCCAGCCUUCUGAAGGGGUUCCUGUUGCUGAUUCUGUUGAUGCAUGCUCGAAACCUCCAGAUGGCAGUGGAGCUGCUAGUCCUCUUGAGUGUGAUAGAGAAAAUGGAGCAAUUGAGUCAAUCCAAGUUCCUGUUUAUGAGAGGUUGGAUUCUGUUGUUGAAGAGAGUGGCGGUACAUCUGCUGUGCAGAGCUCUGAUUUAAAUGGGAAUGUUAUUCAGGAAAAGGCUGUUCCUGGACAACCUAUUUGUCCACCAGAAACAUCUGCUGCUGGUUCAGAUAAUGCAACUUUACGGUCAAAGACAAAAUGGCCAGAACAGUCUGAGGAGCUCCUGGGAUUGAUUGUGAACUCACUUAGAGCUUUGGAUGGAGCUGUUCCGCAAGGAUGUCCAGAGCCAAGACGACGACCUCAGUCUGCACAGAAAAUUGCUCUUGUAUUGGACAAAGCUCCUAAGCAUUUGCAAGCAGACCUUGUUGCACUGGUGCCAAAAUUGGUUGAGCUGUCAGAACACCCACUGGCUGCCUGUGCACUUCUUGAGCGACUACAAAAGCCAGAUGCAGAACCUUCUUUACGAAUACCUGUGUUUGAAGCUCUUAAUCAACUGGAGUGUGGUAGUGAAGUGUGGGAACGCAUUCUGUUUCAGUCGUUUGAACUUUUGACAGAUUCAAAUGAUGAACCCCUUGCUGCGACAAUAGAUUUUAUAUUCAAAGCAGCAUCUCAAUGUCAACACUUACCUGAAGCAGUUAGGUCUGUUCGUGUAAGGCUGAAAAAUCUUGGUCUUGUUGUGUCGCCUUGUGUCCUUGACUUCUUAAGCAAGACUAUAAAUAGUUGGGGUGAUGUUGCUGAAACCAUACUUAGGGACAUUGAUUGUGAUGAUGAUUAUGGUGACAGUUGCUCAGCUCUGCCAUGUGGGAUUUUUUUAUUUGGUGAACACAGCACCACUACUGCCGGACUUCAUGUGAUUGAUGAGCAGACUUAUCGUGCUAGUCGUCAUUUUUCUGAUAUAUAUAUACUGUUUGAGAUGUUAUCCAUUCCUUGUCUUGCUGUUGAAGCCUCUCAAACAUUUGAGAAAGCUGUAGCUCGAGGUGUAAUAGGGGCUCAGUCUGUAGCCUUAGUAUUGGAAAGCCGCCUUUCUCAAAGAUUGAGUAAUGGUGCCAGAUAUGUUUCUGAAAAUUUUCAGCAUCCAGAGGGUGCAUCAGAGGGAGAUGUAAGUGAGCAACUUGGAGUUCAAAGGGAGGAUUUUACUUCAGUUCUUGGACUUGCUGAAACUUUGGCCCUUUCGAAAGACCAAUGUGUGAGGGAAUUUGUGAAGUUGCUUUACACGAUAUUGUUUAGAUGGUAUGCCAAUGAAUCUUACCGGGGGAGGAUGCUGAAGAGGCUUGUUGACCGUGCCACUAGUACAGCAGAUGCCGGUCGUGAAGUAGAUUUUGAUUUGGAUGUCUUGGUUACUUUAGUCUGUGAGGAGGAGGAGAUUAUUCGACCUGUUUUGAGUAUGAUCCGUGAAGUUGCUGAACUUGCAAAUGUUGACCGGGCUGCUCUGUGGCACCAGUUAUGCGCUAGUGAAGAUGAAAUUAUUCGUGUUCGUGAAGAAAGCAAAAUUGAGAUUUCUAAUAUGGCUAAGGAAAAAGCUAUUAUAGCACAAAAACUGAGUGAAUCCGAGGCCACAAGCAAUCGCCUCAAGUCCGAAAUGAGGGCUGAGAUGGAUCGGUUUUCUCGAGAAAAGAAGGAAAUAUUAGAACAGGUUCAAGAAGUUGAGAGUCAGCUUGAGUGGCUUCGUUCGGAGCGGGAUGAAGAAAUAACAAAGCUUUCUGCAGAGAAGAAAGUUCUUCAGGACCGUUUACACGAUGCAGAGACACAAAUUUCUCAGUUAAAAUCUCGAAAACGUGAUGAAUUGAAGAAAGUAGUAAAAGAGAAGAAUGCACUGGCUGAAAGAUUGAAAAAUGCUGAAGCUGCACGCAAGAGAUUUGAUGAAGAACUGAAAAGAUUUGCAACAGAGAAUGUAACACGGGAAGAAAUCCGGCAAUCACUUGAGGAUGAAGUCCGUCGACUGACUCAAACAGUAGGGCAAACCGAGGGAGAAAAGCGGGAGAAGGAAGAGCAGGUUGCUAGGUGUGAAGCAUAUAUUGAUGGCAUGGAAUCUAAGUUGCAAGCCUGCCAGCAAUAUAUUCACACGCUAGAGGCCUCCCUCCAGGAGGAAAUGUCGCGACAUGCCCCUCUGUAUGGUGCCGGUCUGGAAGCUCUAUCAAUGAAAGAGUUGGAAACACUAUCACGUAUUCAUGAAGAUGGGCUGAGGCAGAUCCACGCCCUUCAACAGCGUAAAGGGAGUCCUGCCGGGAGUCCACUUAUGAGCCCCCAUGGCCAUGGUCUCCCCCACAGCCACGGAUUAUAUCCUGCUGCAUCUCUGCCGAUGGCCGUUGGGAUGCCCCCACAAAUCAUCCCAAAUGGGGUAGGGAUCCAUAGCAAUGGCCAUGUGAAUGGUGCAGUUGGACCUUGGUUUAAUCACACUUGAAUUCUUCCCCCAUAGGAUCCAAUUCUUUUGAGUUAUUUCUUUGGCAUGAUAGCUGGUAGGGCUGUUGGGUAGGAAGAAAGGUUGGUUGAAAUUUUGCCACAAAUGUUAGGAAGUGACACCAAUGGAACUAUCAGUUGCAAAUGCCAUACUCAUUUGCGCCUACUUUUUUUGGUUUAAAAAAAGAAUUAAUUACAGGCCUUUUAAGUUUUCAUAGAUAUAGUAUGUUUCCACAUAGUUUAGUUUGGCCAAAGUGGUUGAAUCCUAUUUUUAUUUUUGUCAUGGCCAGAAUUGAACCGCUGUAAGAAAUCUUGAUUGAUAGUUUGAAUACGUAAUCAACAUAGAGAUCUGAGAUCCUCUUCCCACUGACUGACACUCAUUGGUGAGAAAAACAGUUAUUCCUCGUCUGAUCCACUUUUAAUGUCUGAAUAAAAUCCUCUCUUGUCGGCAAUCAUUUUUCUGCCCUCUAGUUUGUGUUGCUCUUACAGUUUCGCCCUGGCCCUUUGCCCGUACGGAAUGCAAUGAGAAUGGUAUUUAUUGAUUGAGAUCUGAGAAAA